AUGAUGGAGCACCCGGAUACGGUCUUGGUCGGACUCCCCCCGGAAUUGCUACUCCGAAUCGCGAGCAACAUGGAGAUUAUGGAGCUCAAGACUCUAUCCCUAACAUGUCGCCACUUGCGAGAGAUCGCCCAGGAGACCCUGAUUCGAAAAGCAACAGUGCUGCCAGCCGGUAUCUGGACUCUGGUGAGAUUCUUGGAGCGCCGUCCGGGAUUAGUUGCACCGCUCACACACCUUCGACUGGCACUUGGAACGUCCGAACAAAAUCGCUCCAUGUCUGAUGAUCAUGAGCACAAUGCGCAGACAUCUGACCAUGCUUCGUGCAAUGAGGUCAAGUCCUUAGAUUGCCAUGCAGUUGCGAUGGCUACGCUCUUCACCCUUACAAGAGGCCUCAAGAAAAUUUCCCUGGACACUACAACAAUGAUACACGCUGCCAUGCUCAUGUCCUGCGUCGACACGGACUAUGAUUUGCCGGGCAGCCUAAAACCGACGUAUGACGAAGCAGGGGCGCAUAUUCAAGGCCAGCUUGAAGAAAUCACGGUCCACCUCGAGACAUGGGAAAAUCCUAACAAUAUUCACUUCGACGUGUGCAUGGAUUUCUCGUGUUUCAGCAAUCUCAAGCGGCUCGUGGUUCCGUGCUGGACCCUGGCUAAAAAUAUCACCCUGUCUAGGCCGAACAAUUCACUGCCGAAGAUACCUGAACAAGUUGCAGUCCUGGGUGACGCUCUUCCCAAGUCACUAGAAUCAGCUUGCUUCCUCGUCGAACCGAGCAGGAUCUUUUGGGAAUGGUACAGCCUAUUGAUUCUGUGUCAGGAUGGGUUUCCGAAACUGCGCGAAGUUGAAUUCAAGUUCCAGUACAAUGUCCUUUCAAUAGCGUGGGCUAUCGCCAUCUCUGAGGAGAACAGGGCAGAGGUUCGAGAUGCCUUCGCCAAAUUGAAAGACUCACAUGUGUCUGUGGUCACUACCUUUGGGAACAAGCGGUUCUUUGACGAAGCGCGCAACAAAAAGCCCCCGGCGAACAUGGUGUACACCACUGGCGAUCUUCUUACUGGUAUUGACAGAUGCAUAAGAUAUGUUCAAAAACAGGAAGAGGGGGAUGAUGAUAGCGACAUUGACGGCGAUGAGGAGGAGGGAGAGAAUGAAGAAGAUCGUGAAGACUAUCAAUUGCUACAAGAGGUAGGCUACUGGUACGAUACCUGA